AUUAAAACCUCCCUUUAUCAGGCCAGAGAAAAGCCCAGCAGGGAGAGAGAGGUUAGAACAGGGGGCAACUGCCAAGACCAAUCCUGGUUCCUGCUGUGCCCCCAUGGCUCCCAGAACAGUCCUCAUCACUGGCUGUUCCUCAGGCAUCGGGUUGGCACUGGCUGUGAGAUUGGCCACUGAUUCCCAGGGCCGCUUCAAAGUACUGGCCACCAUGAGGGACCUAAAUUGCCGUGGACCCCUAGAGGAAGCAGCUGGAUCGGCUCUGGGUCAAACCCUAGAGAUUGGGCAACUGGACGUCUGUGACGAGAGCUCCAUCACCCGCUACCUGAAUAAGCUUCCAGGACAAUAUGUGGACAUCCUUGUAAGCAAUGCAGGCAUAGGGCUCAUUGGACCACUAGAAUCACUGUCUCUGGAUGACAUGCACCGAGUCAUGGACACCAAUUUCUUUGGGUUGGUGCAACUGGUCCGGGCACUGAUGCCUGCCAUGAAGCGCCAACGCCGGGGGCACAUUGUGGUCAUCAGCAGCAUCAUGGGUUUGCAGGGCAUCAUGUUCAAUGACAUCUAUGCAGCCUCCAAAUUUGCAGUGGAGGGUUUCUGUGAGAGUCUCCUGGUACAGGCUCUUCGGUUCAACAUUUCGAUUACACUGGUAGAGCCAGGCCCUGUGACCUCAGAGUUCGAGGGAAAGCUGUACUCCGGGGUAGAGCAGGUGGACUGUGUUGGCACUGACUCUGAGACUGCAGACAUCUUCACCAGCAUCUACUUGCCCAACUCCCGGGCUCUCUUUGCCAGCCUGAGCCAGAGCCCCGAGGAUGUAGCCGAGCACACCCUGAAGGUCAUCUGUGCCCGCCGCCCCCCCUUCCGCCACCAAACCAACCCGGCCUACACACCCAUGCUGGCCUUGAAGAGCGCCGACCCGUCGGGGCAACUGGCCGGCUCAGCCUUCUACAGCCUGGUGUUCCGCCACGGGUCGUUGCUCCGGGCCAGCCUUCAGGCCGUGCGCCUCUGCCGCUGGAAGGCGCGCAAGGUCCGCCAGGCUCUACGCUUGCUCGGCCUCCGCUGAACCGGGUCCCCUCCGUGCCUCCCCGGGCUGGGGGCAAGCUCGAAGAGGCUUCGCUCGCUUCCCCUCAGUCGUUGCCCAGCGCGGGAAUCCCCUUCUACCCACCCCACCCCACCUCCCUUCCCCCAGUGGAGCGUCCUGAGACGUGGGCUUGGGGAGCGGGUCGGGGGCGCCGGCUCUGCGGAGUAUAGAGGAGUACAGGACUCGGAGCUGUGCGGGCUCCUCUCUUCCUCCUAUUCAGCAGCCGAGAUGCCAGUAACCCACACUUGGUACGGUCUAGUACAAACCCUCGCCCCCUUCUCGUUUUUCAAAGGGGAAAACCGAGGCUUGGAGGUAUGGGAAGGCAUGUCCCUGCUCUAACGGAGUCACGCUGGAACUCCAAGCGCUCGACGUCCCGAUCCUACUGGGAUGGAAGGAAGAGCCCGCUGAGGCGGGCAGCGGGGGUUGCGAGCCUUGGGUGGCGGGGGGAGGGGGAGAGAGCCAGCUAAGGGAUGCCCGACCCGGGACUGAUGGAGAGCGAUAUCCUUGGAAGAAUCGGAACAAAUAAAGCGCCCAGCAGCCCCUGCCUGGCUUGGGAUACGUGUUUGGGGCUUGGCACGUGUGUUUGGAGCUCGGAGCCGCGGGCCCGGCGUGAGUGUGCUGCACGCGGAACGGGACUGCGGGGGGGGGGGGGGG